CUCGCUCGCUUUUAAUCGCACAUUGAACAAACAUUCAAGAAACUGCAAAGCUGAAAGUGACAAGGCUGCUCGCGCGGUUGGCGGGGAAAGGAGAAUCAGUUAGCAACACAACCAAUCGGUGAAGGCAAGCCCCACGAUUCUACACAAAAAGAAACCAGCCCAUUUUAAAAAACCUCUGGUAUAUAAUAUAGACGGCUACAUUUUUAAAUCCUGAUCUGGAUGAGGAAAUGAUUUCUGGAGCAUUUUGUGUGUGUCUCAGUUCCUGCGAGUGUUUCAAGGGGAUGUGAACUAACAGGACUGUGAAGUCUGCAUGAGUCCCUGAUAUACCAGCUGAUUUGUUUAUGGAGCUUUGGGCAAGGGCCAGGCCAGCUCCUCCGCCCCCCUGCGGCUUCCCAGGCGAUGGUGCUGCCUCCGGCCCAGGGAGGACCCCGGCUGCCCCGCAGAGGCUGACCCAGGAGGAGGAGGAGGAGGCUUGCCCCGCGAGCGCCCGGGCUCAGUACUAUGGCUGUGUACUGCUAUGCGCUCAAUAGCCUGGUGAUGAUGAAUAGCAGCAACGAGGUGAAGAGCGGCGGUAGCCGGAGCCAGACGCCUCCUCCCCGGGGGCAGGUGCUGCAGGUCUCGGAGCUGCACGGCCCCUGCUGCCCGCUGGCCGCGCUCAGUCCGGGCGCCGGGAGCCCCAGCUGCCCCCGGAGGAGCUCGGCCUUCCUCUUUCCCCCCGGGGAACAGCCGCUGCCAGAGGAGCCGGGGAGCGCCGGGACCCCCGGGGGCAGCAGGCGGCCCAGCAGCCCGAGCUGGCUGGGAAGGGAAGAGCCGUCGCGGCCCCGCCAGCGGGAGCUGCAGAACGUGCAGGUGAACCAGAAAGUGGGGCUCUUCGAGGCGCACAUCCAGGCGAGCAGCUCAGCCACCCUGCACCUCAAGAGCCCGCGGCUGGGCAGGAGAUCACCGUCCCCCAUCCCGCCCCGCCGCAGCCGGCCCCCCGGCGGAGACCCACGGGAAGCGCCCAGGAAGGAGGAGGACAAGGUCCCGACAAGCCCCUUUCCCUGGCCGGAGGCGGAGAGGGGGAUAUGGGGCCGCGUAGCACAGGAUCCAGGAGAGACGGAGAGGGGGCGUGAGCCCCCCAGGGCGCAGGCUUCCGGGGAGACGGAGAGGGAGGGUGGGCACUGUGGAGCGCAGAUUGCCGGGGAGAUGGAAAGGGGGAGCAGCACUCUCGGAGCGCGUUGUACAGAGGAGAUGAAGAGGGGCGGUGGGAUGCCUAGAGGGCUGGGAGCGGAGGAGACGGAAAAGAGGAGCGGGUCCUGCGAACAGGAGGGACCGGAGGAGACUGAGAAGUGGAGCGAGUCCCCCAGGGCGCAGAACUCAGAAGUGAUGGAGAGCAGGGAGAGGGGGAGUAGUGGAGCGCAGAACUCAGAAGUGAUGGAGAGCAGGGAGAGGGUUCACACAGCGCAGGGCUCGGAAGUGAUGGAGAGGAGGAGCGAGUCCAGUGGAGCGCGAGGCUCAGAGGUGUUGGAGCGAGGAGAGAGUACCCACAGCGCACAGGGCUCUGGGGUGAUGGAGCGAGGAGAGGGCACCAACAGCGCGCAGGGCUCAGGGAUCAUGGAGCGGGGCAGAAUAUCCCUAGAAACUCAGGGUUCCGCCUCAACAGAGGAGGGGGGCGAGAACUGCGGAUCGCGGGGCUCGGACUCUUCAGCCGCCCCGGAGCAAGGGAGGGGUGAAGAGCAGCAUUGCCCCACCCGGACUGGCUGCUGGGGGGAGCUCGGGAGUCCGCUGGACUGGGCUGUCUCUGUGGAGGAGCUGUGCCCAGUGCCUGGGAGCUCCUUGGGAGCAGUGGAUCAAGCCCGUGCCCGGCUGCAGCAGGACCACCUUGGAGACGGUCAGCUGCUGGUGACAGCAGCAUCCACAGAACAAAAGGGGAAACCCCCGGGGGAGGGGUGCUGCGGGAGCAGUAUCCCCGCUGUCAUCAUUACUGACCUAGGGGGUCAGGAGGAGGAGGCCGGGGAGAGCCCCCGAGUGAACAUGCCCAUCAGGAAGCUGUCUUCCUCUUCGGCUUCUUCCACUGGCUUCUCCUCAUCCUGGGAAGAGUCUGAGGAGGACAUCUCCAGCGACCCCGAGCGCACCUUGGAUCAAGCCCAGCCCUUCCUGCAGACCCUGGACCAGCACAAACCCAGAGUGAGCAAGUCAUGGCGGAAGAUCAAAAAUAUGGUGCAGUGGUCUCCCUUUGUUAUGUCCUUCAAGAAAAAGUAUCCUUGGAUUCAACUAGCAGGGCAUGCAGGUAGCUUCAAGGCUGCAGCCAAUGGCAGGAUACUCAAGAAGCACUGUGAAUCUGAGCAGCGCUGCUUGGACCGCUUGAUGAACGACGUCCUUAAGCCCUUUGUUCCUGCCUACCAUGGGGAUGUGGUGAAGGAUGGGGAGCGGUACAAUCAGAUGGAAGACCUGCUGGCUGAAUUUGACUCCCCCUGCGUUAUGGACUGCAAGAUGGGAGUCAGAACGUAUUUGGAGGAAGAGCUAACAAAGGCCAGAAAGAAGCCAAGCCUGCGGAAGGACAUGUAUCAGAAGAUGAUUGAAGUAGAUCCCAGUGCCCCGACCGAGGAGGAGAAUGACCUGCAUGCAGUAACCAAGCCCCGAUACAUGCAGUGGAGGGAGACCAUUAGUUCUACAGCAACCCUGGGAUUCAGAAUCGAGGGGAUAAAGAAAGAAGAUGGCACAGUGAACCGGGAUUUCAAGAAGACAAGAACAAAGGAACAGGUCACAGAGGCCUUCAGAGAAUUCACUAAAGGAAACCGUAACAUUUUGAAUGGUUACCUUAAUCGGUUGAAGGGGAUCCGUGACACCCUGGAAACAUCAUCGUUCUUUAAAUGCCACGAGGUAAUUGGGAGCUCCCUCCUCUUCAUUCAUGACCAAAAGGAACAGGCCAAAGUCUGGAUGAUUGACUUUGGGAAAACCACACCACUGCCAGAGGGACAAUUCCUCCAGCACAACGUGCCGUGGGUGGAAGGGAACAGAGAGGACGGCUACCUCUGGGGGCUGGACAACCUCAUUGAGAUCCUAAUGGAAUUGUCACAGAGCGAGGACUUGCAUUAAAGCCAUACGUCCAACUCCACCACUACCCUGCAUCCUGCCCCUCAAACUGACUCUUCUGAACUGCACUACAAGACACUUUCCAAACCCUGUCCCCCGCCCAUGUUAAAGCUAUAACUUCCCUAUUUAAAGUGGUUUUUAGUUUUUGUACAUAUGUAGAUCACCUGCCAGAACAAACGCUGAACUUGAAGCCUUGGCUUUGCUCAGUAGAUGGGAGCAGAUCGUGUCGCUCGUCGCAGGCGCCUUUGCAGCGAGCAGCUGUGGUCUGGAUGGCAAGGCGAACGCAUGCUCUUUCCAUAGCAUUUCUGGCUCUUAGUCAAUCUCUUUUGAACAAGAAUUUACGUAGUGAGCAGUUGUGCAGCUGACGUGCCCUCCAGUUGAACGAAGAUGGUGUCCGAACCCUGAGUUCUGUUGCUCCUGAACUGUGUAAUUAAAGCCCUUCCAGCUAAGUGAAUGACAGAAUUUAUUCAGCUGUAAGGAUCAUCUGUCCUCUAGUGGCUGGUGUUGGUAACACACCAUCCUCAAAGCAGUCAAGGCUUCAUAGCUUUUAGAUUGCCAUUUUAAGUGUUUUAGGGUUUAUGGAAUAAGAAAGACACAGAUUCUGGAGAAGGUGAAGGCAGGAAUACC